GCCCCGAGAGGUGCUGUAUAUACUUAUUUAACGUUUCUAUCCUUGGUUGGGGCGGAAGCUGCCCAGGAGCGGGAGCCUGGCUAUGGAGCCCCAUCCCGCUGAUUGGCCCCUCAGAAGAAACAAGUAUCUCUGUGUGAAUUCUGCCCCAGUGGCCUGGCCCGGCAGGGCCGUGCUGCUGCGUGUCCCCGGUGUGCGUAGAAUCGAUCACCAGUGCAAUUCUGUGUCCGUGAAAUAAAUAUGGUUCUUGUCCAAGGAUGCAGGUCUUCCUGUGCCCUGUGUGUGCUGGGGAGGCUGGGGCUGAAUCAAUGCUUGGAGGUCCCCUGCUGUGCUGCUGGCAGAGCUGCUGCUCGGCUCCAGGUGGCCUCUUCUCGUGUGAGGUGGUGCCACACAUCCCCAGCUAUGCUGCCUGCUCAGCCUGCAAGGGGCGUCCCCUGCUGUGUUGUGGGAACACAGAGCUCUGCUGCAAGCAGGAGGCUGCUGGAGCAGGCUGUUCCACUCUGGCUCUGCCAGGCUUCUACCGGUGCCGGCACUGCCCCACGCAGGGCUUGGUGGAGGCACAGGCACAAGCUGGGUUGGGCCCUUUGGCUCCCAUCCAAGUGUAGCACAGAGAGGGAACAUCUCACUGCUUCUGCCUGCGGUGCCUUUAGUCCCACUGUGCAGCUGGGGAGCACCAGAAGGGCAGAGGAGCAAAGUGUUUGCCACCUCAAGGCCAUCUUCCAGCCAGUUACCUUGUGUGAGCCUUGUCUGGGUGCCAGGGGGCUUUAGUAGGAGUCCCAGGGGUGAGGCAGGCUAUGCUGGCUUUGCUCCCUUCUCCCUGCCUGCAGACUCAGCAUAGGGAAGCCAGCUGUGGACAGCUGGGCCUGCAGCUCUUCUGCUUGGGGGAAGGGAAGAACAAGAUCUUCCUGCCUCCACUCUGCAGAGAGCUGAUGCUUUUGCAGUCUGUCACAUCUGACGCAAAGCCCUCAGCCUGCUGUGCUGUGCUGUGAGUAUAUCUUGGUAGGGGAGCAUCUGUCCCCAGUGCUUAGUGCUGUUCUGCGGUGCGUGCCUGGAGCUGCUUGUCUCCCUUCCCACCUGGAUGCAACAAGCUGGGGCAGCAGCGGAGCUGCUGGAGCUGAGAAGUGUUCGUGCUUAAUGAUUGUUUCUGCCCUUGGACUAGGGCAGCUGCCUCUGUGCAGCCUUUGCAAGGCCUGCCACUCUACUGGCUCUGCUCCACUCUGUCCUGUGUACUGUGGGACCUUGGGCUCACCUGGGAUCUCCGUGCUGUGGGCAGAUGGUGGGGCCGGUCCUGCUGUGGCCUGGCUCGGCAUCCAGCACAUGCUGUUCCCUGCUCUGCAAGCUGUCUUGGCUGCUGCAAUUCCCUCCAGCCUGAUUGCAGUGCAGCACAGAGAGGCUGCUCUUGGGCUAAACUUGGGCUAUACCACUUUGGGUACAGGAAGACUGUGGGGGCAAACCUAAGUCCUGUAUUCUCUCCAAGCCCUAGAGCAGUUCACUGUAAGGGUGCUUGUGCUGUGGUGAAGCCCAACGCUUGCAGAGAAGGGAGAGCCUCUUCGUGCUGUGUGCUUACCUUGCUUCUUGCUGCAGACAGUGUGCUCCCACCAGCUGUGGUGGUCGUGCUCUGGGGCUGGGGGCUGCAAGCAGGAGCUCUGUGCCCCACAUAACAGCAGGGACAUAAACUGAGCUGGCCAGAAGGAUGUCAGAUCCGUGCAGCAUUUUACCCUUCCUGCCUGAUGGUUGCAUCUUCAUGCCUUGGCAUUGCUGCUGCUGAGGGCGGAGAUGUGCGGAGCACCUUGGAGCUGUGUGGCUGUCCUAUCAGAGCAGGCCAAAGGCAUCAGGAAAGUAGGCAGCCUUCACUGGGAGGAAAGGAGCAGCUCUGCAGGUGAAUCACUUUCCUUGUUCUUACAUGACUCAUCUGCUUGAUCUCUCAGCGAUGGGUCUUGCCUGGCCUUAUCUUGGUUUGAUAGAAAUCAGCUGUCAGGAGACUCCCAGCUGAGAUGCUCUUCUACCCUCCUAGCCAUGCCCAUGUGCCAACACCAUCUGUACCAUGGUGCUGGUAGGGUUUGUCUGAGUCUGUUGCGAGGUCCCCGACGACUGGCAUGGCAAUGGCAGGGGCAAGGAGCUGCAUCAAUUGGGUGACUUGUGGGAAGAAUGCCACCUGCUAAGGAGCCACAGGAGAAGCGGAGGUGGGAGCAGGACAGCUGUGCCCUGGCUGGAGUGGGUUGCUGGGCACACAGGGAAGGAGCUGUUGGGUGCCGCUCGGAUCGCUGUCGAAAGGUUUCCUUCAACGGAGAGAAGGGCCUCGCUUGAGCAAGCAGCCAUGCACAGGGCAAGGGAUCGGGACCGUGGCUGGAGCUGCCUGCCUCCCUGUGCCCAGAAGAUGACCAGGUUGCUCUUGGGGGUGACCCUGGAAAGGAUUUGCAAGGCCGUGCUGCUGCUCUGCCUGCUCCACUUUGUCAUCAUCAUGAUUCUCUACUUUGACGUCUACGCGCAGCACCUGGACUUCUUCAGCCGCUUCAAUGCCAGGAACACCUCGCGCGUGCACCCCUUCUCCAACUCCUCUCGGCCCAACAGCACGGCCCCCAGCUACGGCCCAGCUGGCGCUGAGCCCCCCUCCCCCAGCGCCAAGCCCAACACCAACCGCUCCGUCACAGAGAAGCCCUUGCAGCCCUGCCAGGAGAUGCCCUCUGGCUUAGUCGGGCGCCUGCUCAUCGAGUUCAGCUCCCCUAUGAGCAUGGAGCGGGUGCAACGGGAGAACCCUGACGUGAGCCUGGGUGGCAAGUACACCCCCCCAGAUUGCCUGCCCCGGCAGAAGGUGGCCAUCCUCAUCCCCUUCCGGCACCGCGAGCACCACCUCAAAUACUGGCUGCACUACCUGCACCCCAUCCUGCGCCGGCAGAAGGUGGCUUAUGGCAUCUACAUCAUCAACCAGUAUGGCGAGGACACCUUUAACCGGGCCAAGCUGCUCAAUGUGGGCUUCCUGGAGGCGCUGAAGGAUGACGAGGAGUACGACUGCUUCAUUUUCAGUGAUGUGGACCUCAUCCCCAUGGAUGACCGCAACCUGUACCGCUGCUAUGAGCAGCCACGGCACUUUGCUGUUGGCAUGGACAAGUUUGGGUUCAGGUUGCCCUAUGCAGGAUACUUCGGUGGUGUCUCUGGGCUGAGCAAGUCCCAGUUCCUAAAGAUCAACGGCUUUCCCAACGAGUACUGGGGCUGGGGAGGAGAGGACGACGACAUCUUUAACCGGAUCUCCCUGAAUGGCAUGAAGGUGUCGAGGCCCGACAUCCGCAUCGGGAGGUAUCGCAUGAUCAAGCACGAACGUGACAAACACAACGAGCCCAACCCGCAGAGAUUCACCAAGAUCCAGAACACCAAAAUGACCAUGAAGCGGGAUGGGAUCAGCUCACUGCAGUACCGGCUGGUGGAGGUGUCACGCCAGCCCAUGUACACCAACAUCACGGUGGAGAUUGGCAGGCCGCCCCCACGCUUGGCCCGGGGCUAGUGCUUGCCCUGCAGGCAAAGCUGCAUGGAGCUGGCGCUCUGUGCCAGGGCUGGCUGGACGCUGUGGAUGUUGCCCCAGCCCCUGGGCAAGGACUGAACGGGGAUGUUUUCUGCCUACUCUGCUGCCUUUUGGAGACGGCUGUGCCCCAGCCUACCUGUUGGUCCUGAGGAUUUCUGCAAUCUGUUGUCCCUCCUUUCCCCAUCCCUACAAGUGUGUUUCCAGAACCCCCAUACUAUGCGUGUUGGCUGAAGCACCCGUCUGCCCUGCGUGCAGCUCCCAGACAGAGGGAGGGGACAGUCCCAGCCCUGGUGAGGAGCCCCUUGCCCACGUCAGCUCCCGCCUGCACCCUAGGAGGGAAGGAUGAGCCCCAAGGUCAGCCUAGCCCCCAGUCCCCACCGGUGCUGCGAGAAGCGGGAUGCAGGCUUCCCCCUUCACCAGCGCUGGAGCUGCUACUACCCUGGCUGAAGGCAUGGGAGGUAGCCCAGGCCCCCACAGCAGGCAGGAUCGGACAGACAGAUGUGGCUCGCUGUCUUCCUCUGCUUUAGUCUGGUGCUCAGGGCUGGGUCUCAGCUCUGCUAAACAGCGACCUCUGGUUAGCAAACACCCCUCGCUGUGCCUCAGUUUCCCCGGGGCUGGCAGCCACGUCCCCUUUCCCCUCUCUGAAGGCAGAUGCUGUGUGCGUGUCCCUGUUAACCCACACAUGCACCAGCUCUCCCCACUUUGGGCAGUAGGGUGACGUGAAACCUCACAGCCCCUCUUGGCCAGGGGUCUGCCCCGGGGCUCUCUCCACCCAGAUGCUGUUUGUAGGCAGUGGGGACUGGCUGGCUCUGCCCUUGCUGCUCUCCAGCUUCCCCUCUCCUGCUCUGGGGCAGGGAGGAGAGGACAGGGCCAUGCGGGGCAGGUGCCCCAUCUCUCCCCACUUCCCCUCCUUGGGGCUGGGGGCACAGCCACCCCCCUGCAGCCAGCUAGAAGAGCUGGGCAGCAGGGGCACUGGCAACUUUUGUACAUUUGAAUGUCUGACCCUUUUUUUGAGCGUACGUUGAAUGCAGCAUUCGGUCAUAGAGACCUGGGUUUUUGUAUUUAAUAAAAAUUUCAAAAGUU